CCAACUGCUCCAACAACAUUGACAGAUCAGCCUCCCACUCUAAUCCUGCAUCCGCUCCUCCGUCAAUCUAGCACAUCCCUUUCCUCACCCAAAUUCUUACACCACACAGCACAUACUGCUACUCUCUCUCUCACACACUCACUCACUCACUCACUCACUCACACUGUCUUCUUCACUUUCCUUCUCCAUUGCAUCACUGCUCCGCCGAGUUCCCUCUUUCCCCAUAGUCCCCAUUCCCACUCAGAUCUGAUAUUCGUCGCACCAGAUCGGAGCCCUAACUUAUAACUCCUAGUUUAAUUCCAAAAAGAUGGAGGAGGCACUGGAAUUGGCGCGUGCCAAGGACACCAAGGAGAGAAUGGCGGCUGUGGAGAGGCUUCACCAACUUUUAGAAGCUUCCAGGAAGAGCUUAUCCUCCUCGGAAGUUACGUCGCUUGUUGAUACCUGCUUAGAUCUCUUGAAAGAUAAUAAUUUUAGGGUUUCGCAGGGCGCUCUUCAAGCCCUCGCCUCUGCGGCGGUACUUUCCGGUGAGCAUUUGAAGCUUCAUUUCAAUGCCUUAGUUCCUGCCGCUGUUGAGAGACUCGGAGAUGCGAAACAGCCGGUUAGGGACGCCGCUCGCCGGCUUUUACUUACUCUAAUGGAGGUUUCUUCACCAACAAUUAUUGUUGAAAGAGCGGGGUCUUAUGCUUGGACACAUAAGAGCUGGAGAGUACGAGAAGAAUUUGCACGUACAGUCACCUCAGCAAUUGGUCUUUUCGCAUCCACUGAGCUUCCGCUUCAACGUGCUAUUCUUCCUCCUAUUUUGUACAUGCUGAAUGACCCAAAUCCUGCUGUGCGUGAAGCGGCUAUAUCAUGUAUUGAGGAGAUGUAUAAUCAGAUUGGUCCUCAAUUUCGUGAUGAGCUUCAGCGUCAAAAUCUUCCUGCAACAAUGGUAAAAGAUAUCAAUGCCAGAUUAGAGAGAAUUGAGCCAAAAGUAAGGUCAGCUGAUGGACUUGUGAGUAAUUAUGCUGCUAGCGAGAUCAAGUCUGCCAACCUUAGUACUAAAAAGAGCAGUCCUAAGGCCAAGAGUUCUACACGUGAGGUAUCUCUCUUUGGAGGUGAUGGUGAUGUCACAGAAAAACCUGUAGAGCCCAUCAAAGUUUACUCAGAGAAGGAGUUGGUUCGGGAAUUUGAGAAGAUUGCUUCUACCCUUAUACCAGAUAAAGAUUGGUCUAUCCGAAUUGCAGCCAUGCAAAGAGUCGAAGGUCUUGUAAUUGGAGGUGCAACUGAUUAUCCAUGCUUUCGAGUGCUUCUAAAGCAACUUGUUGGGCCUCUUAGUACACAAUUAUCUGAUCGGAGAUCUAGCAUAGUGAAGCAGGCAUGCCAUCUAUUAAGUUUCUUAUCGAAAGAGCUUUUGGGAGAUUUUGAGGCUUGUGCUGAGAUGUUCAUUCCAAUGCUUUUCAAGCUUGUUGUAAUAACUGUACUAGUCAUUGCAGAAUCUGCAGAUAACUGCAUAAAAACGAUGUUGCGAAAUUGCAAAGUUUCUCGUUCACUUCUUCGAAUAGCUGAUUCUGCCAAAAAUGACCGCAGUGCUGUUCUUCGUGCAAGGUGUUGUGAAUAUUCACUUUUGAUAUUGGAAUACUGGGCUGAUGCCCCUGAAAUACAACGCUCAGCUGAAGUGUAUGAGGAGCUUAUUAAAUGUUGUGUUGCAGAUGCAAUGAGUGAGGUAAGAUCAACUGCAAGAACAUGUUUUAGAAUGUUUGCAAAAACUUGGCCAGAGCGUUCCCGUCGCUUGUUCAUGUACUUUGAUCCUGCUAUACAAAGGAUUAUAAACGAUGAGGAUGGUGGCAUCCACAGGCGUCAUGCUUCUCCUUCUGUUCGCGAAAGGAGUUUGCAUAUGUCCUUUACCUCUCAUUCAUCUGCUUCCAACCUACCUGGUUAUGGAACUUCUGCCAUAGUUGCGAUGGAUAGAAGCACGAGCUUAUCCUCGGGGACAUCUAUCUCGUCUGGGCUUUUUCUAUCACAGUCUAAGUCUUCGUCUAAAAGCACAGAACGUAGCCUUGAAAGUGUGCUAAAUGCAAGCAAAGAGAAAGUUACUGCUAUCGAAAGCAUGCUCAGGGGUCUAAAUUUAUCGGAAAAAAGCCGAUCAUCCAGUUUGGAUCUAGGAGUUGACCCACCAUCGUCUCGUGAUCCGCCAUUUCCUCUUGCUGUGCCAGCUUCAAAUAGUCUCGCAAAUGCUUUGGCAGUGGACACAACAUCUGGAAUGUCAAAAAGUAAUAGUCACAAUGGGGGCCUGGUUAUGUCUGAUAUAAUCUCUCAGAUUCAGGCUUCCAGAGAUUCAGGUAGACUAUCAUACCGAGGUGGUGCAGGCAGUGAGUCAUUGUCAGCAAUUUCAUCGUAUUCAGCCAAGAAAGUUGAAAAACUGCAUGAAACAGGUUUACUGGAAGAGAAUUUUGAUUUUAGAGAAGCCAGGCGAACUAUGAACUCUCAUGUUGAAAGACAUUAUGCAGAUACACCAUAUAGAGAUGGCAAUUUGAGGGAGUCCCAUAAUAGUUAUGUUCCCAAUUUCCAAAAGCCGCUUUUGAGGAAGAAUGCAGCUGGACGAAUGUCAGCAGGCAGGAGAAGGAGCUUUGAUGACAGCCAGCUUUCACUUGGUGACAUGUCUAACUUUGUUGAGGGUCCUACAUCACUCCAUGACGCACUGAGUGAGGGGCUCAGUUCCAGUUCUGAUUGGAGUGCAAGAGUUGCUGCGUUUAAUUAUCUGAGGUCUCUCUUGCAGCAAGGUCCACGUGGAAUUCAAGAAAUUGUGCAGAGUUUUGAGAAAGUGAUGAAAUUGUUUUUCCAGCAUUUGGAUGAUCCUCAUCAUAAAGUGGCACAGGCUGCUCUCUCAACGCUUGCAGAUCUGAUCCCAGCUUGUAGAAAGCCCUUUGAGAGUUAUGUUGAGAGAAUACUACCCCAUGUUUUUUCUAGGUUGAUUGAUCCAAAAGAAUUAGUAAGACAACCUUGCUCAAGUACAUUGGAAACCGUUGGCAAGACAUAUGGUAUAGAUUCUCUUUUACCAGCAUUGCUUCGAUCAUUGGAUGAACAGCGUUCUCCAAAAGCUAAACUGGCUGUUAUUGAAUUUGCAAUUGGUUCAUUCAACAAGCAUGCAUCUAACACUGAAGGUUCUGGUAAUAGUGGAAUCCUAAAACUAUGGCUUGCAAAAUUGACGCCAUUGGUGCAUGAUAAAAAUACAAAACUAAAGGAAGCAGCAAUUACAUGUAUCAUAUCAGUGUACACCCACUUUGAUUCAGUAGCAGUUUUAAAUUUUAUUCUCAGCUUAUCAGUUGAAGAGCAAAAUUCCUUGAGGAGAGCCCUUAAACAGUACACCCCACGUAUAGAAGUAGACUUGAUGAAUUUUUUGCAGAACAAGAAACGCUCAAAGUCUUUAUAUGAUCCUUCUGAUGUCAUUGGAACUUCUUCUGAAGAGGGAUAUGUUGGAGCCUCAAAGAAGAAUCCUUUGUUGGGAAGAUAUUCUUCAGGCUCAAUCGACAGUGAUGGGGGUAGAAAGUGGAGCUCUGCUAAAGAGUUAGCUCAUAUCACAGGCUCUGUGAGUCAACCAUCUGAUGAAAUUCAGGGAUAUUUGUAUAAUGGUCUAGAGACUGGUUCCAACAAUGAUGUCAUGGCCUCUAAUUCCAAGGAUGUGAAAUACAUAGCCAAUGCCACCAGUGAGAGUAUUGGAUCAUGGACUAGUAGGGAUCAGAUUGGAGGUGUUGACAGCACUGCUAAUGUAGAGGCUACUUCAACGCCUCGUGCGGACCUGAAUGGGUUAAUUGGAUCAAACCAUCAAAGGGUGAAUGUGUUGGCAGCUGAUAUUGAAACAUCACUUCAAGUGGUACAUGAUUCUCCAAGAGUUGCAGCUUUAAAACCAAACUCUGCUUUAGAAACAGGGCCAAGCAUUCCUCAAAUUCUUCAUCUUAUUUGCAAUGGGAAUGAUGGAAGUCCUACAAAAAACAAGCGUGAUGCACUUCAGCAGUUAGUUGAAGUUUCUGUAGCGAAUGAUGAAUCUAUUUGGAGCAAGUAUUUCAAUCAGAUUCUGACAGUUGUAUUGGAAGUGUUGGACGAUUCUGAUUCGUCAAUCCGGGAACUUGCUCUUUCCCUUGUAGUUGAAAUGCUAAAGAAUCAGAAACAUGCCAUGGAGGAUUCCAUUGAGAUUGUGAUUGAAAAGCUGCUUCACGUUACAAAAGAUAUUGUUCCAAAAGUUUCAAAUGAAGCAGAGCAUUGUUUAACUAUAGUCUUGUCACAGUAUGAUCCAUUUAGAUGUUUAAGCGUUAUUGUCCCUUUGCUGGUUACUGAAGAUGAAAAAACUCUCGUCACUUGCAUAAACUGUUUGACGAAGCUUGUCGGGAGGCUGUCACAAGAAGAUUUGAUGAGACAGUUAUCUUCAUUUCUGCCUGCACUUUUUGAUGCUUUUGGCAACCAGAGCGCUGAUGUUCGUAAGACUGUUGUGUUCUGUCUUGUUGACAUCUAUAUCAUGCUGGGGAAAGCGUUUCUUCCACAUUUGGAGGGGCUGAACAGUACUCAACUGCGAUUAGUAACUAUCUAUGCAAACAGAAUAUCACAAGCCAGGACAGGUGCUCCUAUUGAUGCUGGGCAUGAUUAACUGCAACGUGCUCUUGGUUGGUGCGGAAAUUUAAUUUUGGUUGUUCAUUUUGUAAAUUGUGUGAUAUAAUUCUCUUGCAGGGUGGGCCUAUUCUGUAUUUUUUAUGUAUAAGGUUUAUUUUCCAUUUUUGACUUAUUUGAUUGAGUUGAGGAGAGUGCCUGGUUUGGGAAACAACCUUUUUAGAAUGUACAGACGCCAGUAAUGAAAUUCACAAUUUUUUGGGAUCUUGGAUUUA